AUGAAAAUAAUAGAGGACGCUGAUCACAUAAAAUUGCAGCAGGAUAUUGACAGGAUUGUGAAGUGGUCCAUAGACAAUAAGCUGUACUUCAACACGACUAAGUGCUGCGUAUUGUCGUUCAGCCGCGCUCGCUCACCUCGUCAGCAUCAAUACUGCAUAGAGGGAACACCACUAAAACGUGUCACUGAAAUUAAAGAUUUAGGAGUCAGCUUCACAUCCGAUCUAAACUUUAGAAAACAUGUAGUUGAAGUAUGUAAAAAGGCUUACCGCAAUUUAGGGUUUCUGCUACGGCAAGCGCAUCACUUCUCUAACAUCGCAGCUUUGAAAGCCCUCUAUGAGGCUCUAGUGAAAAGCCACUUAGAAGGCAAUGCCGUCAUUUGGUCCCCGUACGAAGACAAGUACAUUAAAAUGCUAGACCGUAUCCAGAACAAAUUUGUUCGUUUCAUAUACCUCAAGAGGUACGGGGUUUACCCAGGUUACCCUUUACUGUAUCCAACGCUAUUUGUUCUGGGUAUGGUCGGAUAUUACAAAUUAGAAGCUAGGAGGGAAGUAGCUUUAGCUACUUAUGUAGUUAAAGUUUUGCGCGGUGAAACGCACAAUCCAGCUGUGCUGCAAGGAGCCAGACUGAGUGUGCCGGACGGGUACGCGGAGCGGCGGCGCCGACCGCCGCUACUGGAGGUGUCGCGCGCGCGCACCAACCUGCUGCGGAUGGCCCCGCUCACGCGGGCGCUGCGGACGCUGAACACGGUCGCAAACACGGUCGAUUUGUUUACGUGCUCAUUGAAUGAGUUCACCAAGGUCACAUAUUGUGUAGCAAGUAAGCUAGAAUAUAAUUUUAUGUAA